UGAUUAUUAAAUGUUUGUAAAACAAUCUUAUCUUACAACACGAUUAACAACAUAAUUUGAUGAAUAAAGUGUAAUGGAGAUAAGAGAAUCUUCAAAAAAGAAACAUUACCGAACAAUUACAUCAACAAGUUUAAAUUAGGCAAAACGUCCAUUCAUUCAUACAAGGUCAAUACCUAAAUCUCUAAUUGAUGAAGGUAUAUUAAAAUGUUGAAUUCUAUUUUUAGGGUUUAGAUCUAAGAGUAUCAUAUAUCAUAUGUCAUUACUCUCUAAUGAAGUUAAAAUUAAGAUAAGACCAAGUAGAAGAGAAAGAGAAAGGACAAUCUUAUUUACAGAUAACAUGGAAUUAUAUCAUCAUAAAUCAAUCAAAAGAAUUAAAGAGAUGAGUAGACGCAAAAGUUGUUCAUGUAAUGGGUGUGGUGCAAAGACUAAGUUUGAAAAAAAACAUGAUGAUUUUGAAGCAAGAACGCAAUAAGCUAUUAGUUCUGAUUUGAAAUUACUGUAAUUUACUAGAGCUGGAUAAAAGAAAAAGCAAACUAUUAUUAAAGAGUUUAAAAUGAGAUAGAUUAAUGAAAGAAAAUGUAAACUCUCUUAAGAACCUACAAAUCAUUCACAAAUUUAACUUAAUUUACCUUCCACAAAAAGAGAUAGUUUAUAAAUUGAAAAAUAAGAAAUUGAAACUAAUAGACUUAAAACCAAAGCUGAUCUUCUAAGAAUGCUACCUUCGAUAAAAAGCAUUGUCUCUCUUACUGUACUAAAAUAACUCUACAUAGGAGGAAGAUAACAACAUUAAAUGUCAUCAAGAAAACCAUCUCAUGAUUAAUUGAUCAUUAAAACUUAUAGAAUAAAGUCAUGA